AUGAAUGAUAUCCCAAUCCUUUCAGAGCUUGACCCCGAAACUACAGUCGACAGACGAUCGACAAUCAGCCUGCAGCUGCCUAAUAUCCUCACCUUGGUCAACUUGAGCUUCCCGAGUUUAAUCCUGACAGGAACAUCUAUCUUGAGAUCCAAGGGGAUCCGUCCCGUCAUUUGCUCCUCUUGCAAGGCAUCAAGUAGAGCCCACACUCAACACUGUUGUGUUGUGGUGUCCCUGGUAGAAUCUGGGCAGCGAACCCUGGCAAAGGUUUGUUUUUUUGUACCACACGCUCAUGUGGCUCCCUCUCUCAUAGUAUAUACCGAUCUUUUUAUUGGGGUUGUUGGCCGUGAUUCGGACAUUGAACCAAGCGUAGAGGCUGAGGUCGAAAUUGAGUGUGAGGUUGUCGACCGAGUAUUGAGGGAGUUUUGGUUGGAAAACGAGGUAGAUAAUGCCUGCAGUGGCUCCUAUGACGACGAGCAGGAGGAUGAGGAGGCCGACUGUCCAACAUAG